AUGAAUCCAAACAAUCUUACAAAUUUACAGAUACAUCAACUCCUCCAACAGCAACAAAACAAUAUGACAAAUAUGAAUAACUCGUUCUUGCUCUCCGGAAACAAUGGAGGAAUGAUGGUUCCUAAUAACGUAUCCAUGGGAGGAUUCACACCUGGACAAGUCGGGAUGACGAAUUUUGCCAACAAUCAGAACAUGAUGUCACCAGCACUGCCCAACGUAGGAAAUAUGAAUAAUGCAGGAAAUAUGGUUCUCAAUCGAGCCAGCACGCCUACUUCAACGUCAACAACUACCACUACAACAAGUGUCAUGCAAAAUCCAACACAACCCACAAACGUCAACAUGGGAAUUCAAGGAAAUGGAAUACUACCUUUACUGCUCAUGCAGAACCCUGGUCUAGUACAAUUGUUGAACCUUCUAAACCAAAACGGCAUUCAGCCAACCCCACAAUUAUUACAAACAAUUCUGACGCAACCUAAUUUAAACCUUGGGAUGCUUCAAGCAAGUUUAAACCCAUCCAUGAUGGCAGCAAAUAAUGGAGGAAUGUUGGCCAAUGCGCCUAUGAACAAUGUGAACACUAUUCAACAACCUCAGCCUAAUGUUCAACCUGCUAUCAACAAUGUAACCAUGCAAGGAAUGAAUAACCUUACUGCUAAAACAAUGCUGCCCAAUACAGUACCACCUCAUGUAACCAUCCAAAACCAACCCGGAUCAACCAUUCACAGAUCUACUCCAACGUCAUCCAUCACUGGUGCCUCCACUCCUCCACCAAAUCUUUUGCUUCAUAAUGGAACUCCUGUUAUUUCGAACAUUCCUUCUUCCACACCCAAUAUUAACAACCAAAAUAUUUCCUCGACCGUUACUUCUAAUAUACCGUCAUCAAACACGAUGUUAACAAACAAUGUAAAUAACUUAAUACGAUCUACUUCCAUUAAGACUGAGCAACCCGUAACUAAGAUUGAAGGGCUACCAAACACUCAAACAGGGAAUUCAUUUGUACUUUUGAAUAACAUGAUUCAAAAUAAUCCUACAACAAUUGGAAAAAACACCACGAAUAUUGGCGAUGCUGCCUCGAUGAUGAUUAAUUCAUCGUCACAAAUCAAAGAUAAGAGAAAGCUUGCACUCGAACCAGAUUAUAGAACUCCGUUUCGUUCACUGGAAGACUGUACCACUAGACUGGAACCUUUUAAAGAAGUCUUUCAUUACUCUAUAAAGAAAGAUCCUAGUUGGGAAGAUAAAAUCAAGUCUGUGGCUGAAAGGUUUUCGAAAUCUGCCAACAUUGCUGACAAGCAUGUUCAUGAAAUCUCUAAACGAGAAAUCGAGAGAGCUUAUGGUCCAGAAGAGGACAUUUUCUUUUUGAGGAAGAUUAAAGAACUUGAAGAAAAACUUUGGGAAAGUGAAAAAGAAGAAAUUAUAAGGAAAAGAGAAGAAGAAAAAAAGAAAUCAUCCACAUCAACAAAUGGAGUUGCAAAUACUGUGGUCAUGUCAUCGGGCGAUGCUGAAGACGCCAACUUGGAUAAUUUAUUCCCUGAGUUAAAUACUGCAAAUGCAAAUAAUAUGGUACAACUAAAUCAAUCCCAACCAAUGAAUGGCGUUGCUUACAAUACCAACAAUCAAAUGAGCGAUGAUUUGGACUUUGACAAGAUUUUCUCUGAUGAAGAUAAUUCUGGAACGACACUUAUUGAUUCCAUGUAUACAGGACAGAACUCGGCUCAGAGCCCAUACAACAAUGGUCAAUCUUUUUCCAUGACGAACCAAGGAGGUUUUGACGAUAAUGAAUUUUUCAACUGA